AUGUAUCGACCUGACCCAGACUCACGAGUCAAGCGACCUACCAACAACAUGGAGGGCGAUGCUCGUAGACAGCUGUUCCAGCGCCCUGCUGAGAGCUCCCGCGCCUCGCCGUCGCAAGGACCACAAGCUCAAAGUACCCCUCUCGCCCACAGAUUUACAUCCGCCCACAGGUCACAGAAGCCAUGCAAAUCUGAUCAACCAGAUAUCGAUAUGAGAAGCGUUCGACCUAUGCUUGAGAGCGCAACAUCCAUGGCGCGGCGGAAACAGAAGGAGCUGCUACGAAAGGCAUACUCCAUCAUUGAAGGCGAUCCUCAGGACUCUGUCAUGCCUGAGACAUCAGUUGAGCUUCCUGAGGAUGUUCUUGAGGAGGAACAGAGAGAAUACGAGCUACAAAAGGUGUUGGAUAGAGCUAUGAGCAUGGAUGUCCACGCUGUCCAACAUGAUCCUCAAAUUGUUGAGGUGGUGAAGAUCUCUCUUAUUGAAGAGGUUAAGAAACUCGACGAGCAACGAUGGCUGGACGAGCAAUGUGAAGAGUGA